GCGGCGCCGCGGGGCGGCGCGGCAGGUUAUUCAGCAAUAGUUAUGAACUCCCGUUUACGAGCCUUAGGUGGGAGGAUAAAUAACAUACGAGCAUCAGAACUACCAAAAGAGAAAACCCGAUCAGAGAUAAUCUGUAACGUCCACUUUUUGGAUGGCUCAGUACAAAGCUUCAAAGUCAACAAACAAGACACUGGACAGAUUUUGUUGGAUAUGACCUAUAACCAGUUGGGUGUGACAGAGAAGGAAUAUUUUGGUUUACAGCAAAAUGAAACUUCAGUAGAUUCACCUCGAUGGCUUGAACCAAACAAACCUAUUAGAAAACAGUUAAAAGGAGGUUUUCCCUGCACCCUUCGUUUUCGUGUAAGGUUUUUUAUACCUGAUCCUAACACACUUCAGCAAGAACAAACCAGGCACUUAUUCUUCCUGCAGUUGAAGACUGAUAUUGUGGAAGGAAGGUUGUCAUGCCCCAUUAAUUCUGCUGUUGUCCUGGCAUCAUAUGCAGUACAAUCACAACUUGGAGACUACAAUGCUUCAGUACAUCAUUCAGGAUAUCUGUCAAAUUACAACUUUAUACCAGAGCAGAACAAAGAUUUUCUUACCAAAGUAGAAUCGCUCCAUGAGCAACACAGUGGCCUCAAGCAAUCUGAAGCAGAGUCCUGCUACAUAAAUAUAGCACGAACACUUGAAUUCUAUGGAGUGGAAUUGCACAGUGGUAGAGAUCUCCAUAAUCUAGAUCUCAUGAUUGGGAUUGCAUCCGGUGGAAUUGCUGUAUAUAGAAAACUCAUCUGCACAAGCUUCUAUCCCUGGGUGAACAUAUUAAAAAUUUCCUUUAAAAGGAAAAAGUUUUUUAUACAACAACGGCAAAAACAUAAUGAAUCCAGAGAGCAUAUUGUUGCCUUCAACAUGUUAAAUUACAGAGCAUGCAAAAAUCUAUGGAAAUCUUGUGUAGAGCAUCACACAUUUUUUCAGGCAAAGAAGUCACUACCUCACGAAAAAAAGAUAUUGUCACAUUAUUGGACCCUGGGUUCUAGAAAUGCAGCAAAGUCUGUAAACAGCCAGUACUGCAGAAAAGUUAUAGGUGGGAUGGUUUGGAACCCAUCUAUGAGACGAUCUUUAUCUGUUGAGCAUCUAGAGACCAAAAGCCUUCCUUCUCGAUCACCUCCUGUUACCCCUAAUUGGCGGAGUCCUAGACUACGUCAUGAAAUUCGUAAACCACGACACUCAUCUGUAGAUAACCUUACAAACGAGAUUAGUUAUAUUACUGAAACGGAGGACGUUUUUUAUACAUAUAAGGGCUCUCCAACAUCAAAGGACAGUGACUCAGAGUUCUCUCAGAACCGUAGUCCACAGAGGAGGAAUGUAUUAGGAAACAGUCCAGCGCAGAGUUCUCUGACCCGUAUCUCACCUAAAGCCUUGGCUCAGUCUCCCAAUGGAGUUGGUAACGUUUCUGGCUCUUACCCGUUGGAAGGGGUGGAUAAACAGUUCUUGGAAACAUAUGACAACGUUACAAAAAGUAGCUCAACGGAAGAUUCCAGUCAGUACUACUGCGAUAAGAAUGACCUAAUUGAGGGAGAUUUACUUUUGGUGCGUAUCAUACCAGAUGAAGACGGGAAGUUUGGAUUUAAUCUAAAGGGUGGUGUGGAUCAAAAAAUGCCAUUAGUGGUAUCAAGAAUAACUCCAGGAUCACCUGCUGAUAAAUGCAUUCCAAAACUGAACGAAGGUGAUCAGAUAGUAUUAAUUAAUGGCCGAGAUAUCUCAGAGCACACGCAUGACCAGGUGGUCAUGUUCAUAAAAGCCAGCAGAGAAUCUCACACGAGAGAGCUUGCACUUUUGGUCAGGCGGAAAGUAGUUAAACAGUUUGUGGAGCCUAAAUCAGAAGAUGAAGCUGAUUCCCACAAUCUCCCAGAACCUCUUCUUGCUAUCUCUUCCGAAUAUGGUGGUGAUACACUGGAGGAGUCUAUGGAGCAGCUAAGAGGAGGGCUGGAAAGUGGGACUGUCCUUAUUCAGUUUGAGCAACUUUAUAGAAAGAAACCAGGGUUGGCUGUUACAUGUGCAAAGGUACCUCAGAAUAUGGACAAGAAUAGAUACAAAGAUGUUCUGCCUUAUGAUGCCACAAGGAUAAUAUUGCAAGGAGAUGAAGAUUACAUUAAUGCAAAUUACGUGAAUAUGGAAAUUCCUUCUGUGGGCAUUGUGAACAGGUACAUUGCUACUCAGGGUCCUCUUCCACACACAUGUGCACACUUCUGGCAAGUAGUCUGGGAUCACAAGUUGUCACUGAUCAUCAUGUUAACAACUCUCACUGAACGAGGACGGACCAAAUGUCAUCAGUAUUGGCCUGAUCCACCAGAUGUAAUGGAAUAUGGCAACUUUCGUGUCAGAUGCCACUCUGAAGAUUGUACGAUUGCUUAUGUUGUUAGAGAAAUGGUGAUUACAAAUGUUGAGACAGAACAACAACACACCGUCACCCAUCUCCAGUACGUUGCUUGGCCUGAUCAUGGUGUUCCUGAUGACUCCAUGGACUUCUUGGAGUUUGUGACCUGUAUGAGGCCAAAGAGAGUAGAGAAUGAGCCGGUCCUUGUUCACUGCAGCGCUGGAAUCGGUCGCACUGGUGUAUUGGUCACUAUGGAAACAGCCAUGUGCUUAAUUGAAAGAAACCAACCUGUUUAUCCACUGGAUAUUGUACGAAAAAUGAGAGACCAACGAGCUAUGAUGGUGCAAACAUCAAGUCAAUACAAAUUUGUUUGUGAAGCUAUUCUUCGUGUUUACAAAGAAGGAUUAGUUCGACCACUGGAUUCCAGUUAGCACAGCAGUGAAGGAUGAAUUCUUUUUUUCCCCUAAAAAGACUUUUCUUUAAAGCAAGGGUUUGUUUCUGAAGGCAACUAGAAUGGACUAGAAGCCCGUGAAAAGACAGAUGAGCACAUUUGAACUGUGGCACUUUAAAUUUCUCAAGAAGAUUGCUAAAUCAUGUACAGUGUAACAAAGUCAUGUAGAUAAAUAUACGACAGCAAUUGUGUGUAAUAUGCUUUAUUCACAUAGACAACCAUAAACAAUCAUGGAAACCUUAAUACAUAUCUUUACUGCCUUAAAACACGCUUCACUUUGGAAGUUACAAAGGACCUUGUGUUUCCUUUGAAAUAGCAAAAAGAAAACUCAUAGUAUUGAAAUGAUUCAGCUUAAGAAGGUAUUUAAUAUCUUUGUAUUGUAUGAAAGUUCAUUGAAGGUGAAUAUUUGUAACUUUCUCGUUGGGACACUAAAUAUUCAUGGAAACGUAACCUUGACUUCUAAAAGGCUGAUGAAGAGCUUUAAAGACUAAUGCAUAACUACUGUAUAUUAAGAGCUGAAGAAAUUAAGUAUUCAGUUACCAUAAAUCUAUUAGUAAGUAUGCCAGCUGUUAUAAUAUGCUUCUUAGAAAUCACAUCUACUGUAUGUGAUGUGCAAAAUAAUGCUGCAUUUAAGCAUUUAUGCAGAUGGUACAAUCUACAUCUUCUGUUGAUCAAUUUUAAUUGCAACUUGCCCUUUUAACAGUGACCUACUUCUUACAGUUUUAGUUAUUGUACUCCUUUUCUGUUUCUGCUGUCCAUCUCCUUUAUACUUGUU